GCUCCAGCACUCACCUAACUUAGACUGCAGGUCUCGUCCGUCCCAAAACGUGGCCAGUAGCUCCAACGACUUGAACACCAAGACGCGACAUCGUCAACGUCCCUCCUUCAAGCUCUCCUUUUCUUUUUGUACAACACUUUGAGAGCAAAAGCUGCAACUGCAGCUAAUCAAAAGCUCACCAUGUACAAUUCUCUUACUCGUAUUCAGAACACCUUUGGUUUCUUUACCACUGUCGCAUUUGUGGUCGCAGCUUUUAUCGCUGCGUCCGACCUCUUGGCUCCACGGGCGCCCGACGCUGGCAUAUUCCAGAAGACAAACGCUCAAGUUGUGAAGGGCCGACCGCACUACUACAGCUCUAAGAAGGAGGAAUACGCCAUCAUUCGAUUCAACCUCGAUGCUGACUUGAGGAGCCUCUUUACAUGGAAUACCAAGCAGGUUUUUGUCUAUGUCACUGCCGAGUGGCCUGGCCCCAACAAUUCGACCAAUGAGGCUGUCAUCUGGGAUAAAAUUAUCACCAACCCCAGCGCCGACCAUCUCCAGAACAUUGGACCCGUUGCGAUGAAGAAGCUCAAGCGUAGCGCUGAGGGCAAGUCCAUCGACCCUGAACGUGGCUUUAUCGGUCUCAAGAAUCAGAAGCCAAAGUAUCAGAUCACCCACCCCAGUGGAAAGGUCGCCGAGAUAGAUGAUGUGAAGCUCAAGCUACAUUACAACGUUCAACCGUGGGUCGGUUUUCUAACUUGGGAUCAGUCCCGGGAUAUCGGUCACUGGAGGGCUUUGAAAUGGGGAGAGUCGCCCAAGUUCCAACUUCCUGCUCUCAAGACUAAGAAGAAAGAUGCUCCCAAGAAGAGCUACUAAUGGUAGACAAAUACAUUUAUGUCCUUGAA